UGCCCCACGCGCGCGGAUCUUCCGUGCGCUAACUAACUAUAAAAUAUGUAUACUAACCGGUGUAAAAAUGUGACUCUACCACGGAUCAACAUCGAUAAGGGCUCCUUCAAUCGGGAUCAAACCUCCAUCGACGAAAGUAAUCUGCUGCUACUCGGAAGUCCUCGUUCCGUUAAAUUGUCGCCAUCGAUUUACACACCGCUGACCACGGUCGCACGGAGUAGUCCCGGACUGGCAGCACUCGGUUCCAGCACACCACGGUCGCCCAGUAGAAGAGCCGGUGCCUAUCGACCGAGUGUAUUUGCCCAUCGUCUUCACAGGAGGGCGGUCUUCAAGAAUGGUUACUGCAACAUCGCCCCGAUCAAGGGUUCCCGGAGGCACAUUCGCUUCCUGCAGGACAUGUUCACAACGCUGGUGGAUGCUCGUUGGCGCUACACGUUGAUGGUGUUCGCCCUCGGAUUCGUCUGUUCGUGGCUAUUUUUCGCCCUACUGUACUGGUUCAUUGCGUAUGCCCACGGAGAUCUGGAUGAGCAACGUCUACCGCAUAAUCAAGGCUCGAUCGGUUGGAAGCCAUGCGUCACCAGCAUUUACAGUUUUGCUUCCUGUUUCCUGUUUUCUCUUGAAACACAGCACACUAUCGGGUAUGGAAACCGAGCUACGACAGAAGAAUGUCCAGAGGCCAUCUUUGUCAUGACGCUGCAAUCGGUGCACGGAGUAAUGAUUCAGGCUCUGCUGGCCGGAAUAAUCUUCGCAAAAAUGACCCGUCCGAAGAGCCGUUCACAGACGCUACUCUUCUCCAAGCAGGCGGUGAUUUCGAUGCGCGAUGGUGAACUGUGUUUGAUGUUCCGGGUUGGGGACAUGCGCAAAAGUCACAUAAUAGGCGCAAACAUUCGGGCUCAGCUCAUUCGGGGUAAAAUGACUCGGGAGGGAGAACUGAUGGCUCAGUAUCAGAUCGAGCUGGAGGUUGGAGUUGAUGGGUGCGGUUCGGACAUGUUUUUCAUAUGGCCGCAAAUCGUGGUCCACCGGAUACACGCUGAUUCGCCCCUGUAUGGGUUAACAGCGCUGGAGUUGCUGCAGGAAAAGUUUGAGAUCGUGGUAAUUCUGGAAGGGACAAUCGAAUCGACCGGUCAGACGACCCAGGCCCGAUCCAGCUAUUUGAGCAGUGAGAUUUUGUGGGGAUACCGAUUCGAACCGAUUCUAUUCUAUAACAAACAGAAGCAAACCUACGAAAUUAAUCUGGAGAAAUUUGAUGAACCAGUUCCGGUGGAGACGCCCUGCUGCUCAGCGAAGGAACUGAUGGAGGGAGCCAACUACAGCAGUCAUGAAAAUCUCGUCGACAAACGAUCCUUCGAAUAUGGCAGUCUGGUCGAAAAAUUGCAUCGCUUCCAGGUGGACGAUGAAAAAAGUCAACAUCGACUGACACUUGAUGGAGCCGCUUGCGAAUUGCAGCAUCAGCCACCAACGGCGGCAGCGGCGGUAGCAGCGGCCUCAAACGUCACUGUUAAUGGUAACGUAUGUUCAAAGGAAUGACUCGGGGACCGAUCAGUUUCUGCCGGUUGGCUUAAACACAGCAACAGCAAUGAAAAUUACGAAAGCAUUGGCGGAACAGAUAAGAGCUCGGUUUGCUGAAAGGGAACGUAAAAAACAACGACGUGCUAUAGCGUUUGUGUAGGAGAAUAAAUUUAGGCGCUAAUGUCGAAAGCAGGCCAAGCGCCUGCAAGCUGCACUUAAAUAGUGUUGUUCGAAGGCAUGGAUAGGGUUUACCAAACCGCUCGGCAUAUUUUAAAAGUGAAUUCUUUAAUUGUAAAUAUUAAAUAAAUGGUAAAUUUAUGGUUA